CACCGAAAGGAAUGCCUUGAUUAUCAGAUGAAUGACUCCAAUUUCUGCAAGAUGAUUCACAUGAAAAGGACUCUAUGCCGGAAAUACAAACUGGCUAGGAAUGGCAUCUUGGAAAGUGGAAAGGCAUUCGACAGACUCGAUGAAGCAGCACCCUCACAUUUGAAGACAGAAUGGUUAGCCAGGGAGAGGAUAGCUCAGUCAAGCAGAUUGAAUGAUCCUUCAGCCAUGGAUGAAUAUGAGAUCAAUAUCAAAAAGGCACCUAGCAAAAAGGAGAUUGAGCUUAGAUUGUUAGAGGAG